AUGGUGAAGACCGAGAAGCGCGUAAUUCGCGAUCGCUUCUCGUACAAACACCGGGUGUUUGGGGAAGAACUUUUCGUCCUGGACUUGGACGGCAAGUUCGACAUGCCUGAACGGCAUGACCCUAUUAUCGAUUGGGAGAAGCGUACGGUCGUACGCUUCGGACGCCGCGGCGAAAGAGAGAACGAUGGCCCUGUUAGCGCGUUGGAUAUACCUAACGGUGCAUCUGAACCUCCUUCAGAGACUGUGGCUUGCGACCCUGUCUAA